CGACCGACGUCUUGCCCGUCAGUAUAGCACGAACACGAACCAGUCCAAUACAGUGACCGACCGAUCGACCGGUGUGUGUGUGUGUGUGUGUAUGUGUGAGUGUGUUAUAUGUGUGCGCGUUGAGGUCCGACCAAGGCCAAUGUCAACCGACUCUGUACGUUUCUCGCCGAGACCAACAUGAACGUUGUGCAGCGACACUAGAAAAAAAAAAAAAAAAUUCUAAUAGUAUAGUUUUUUUAUUCGUUUUUCGGCGAUAGAAAUAUAUAAUUUACAUUUUUUUUUAUUUUUUAUUUGUUCGUUUCGAUCGCGGAAAACGCGCUUAAUUUAUCUAUUCCGUAAUCUUAUCUAAUCGGUUCGGUUCGGUUUUUGGUUUUGCUCGUCGCGUACGACACAACGAUGGAAACGUGCGUACUCAUACCGAAAGAGCUGUCGCUGCAAGCCGUGCCGGUGACCGGCAUUCAACAGAGACCCAAGAGACCCGCCGAACCAGAAAUCACGGUCAUGACCAACGUGAACAUACCCAGGGGCACGAUGAUCUAUCCUUUCCAGGGAACGGUUCGCAUCGACAAACUGGACGUGUUCCCGUUCCUGGACGAGACCGACAUAAGACACAGAUUCGGUUGCUACGACCAAGUGACCGAGGUGAACAGACUCCGAGUGCGUUAUUGUAAUUGGGUCCGGUUUUUGAAAAUCACGCAGCACCAUUCCGAACAACAUGUCAACGUAUUGGGAACCAAAAUAAAAGGCGAACCCAUGUACGAGGUGAUAAAAAACAUACCCGCCAACACGGAACUGAUCGUGCACUAUCUCCCGGAGAGGCCGGAAGAAAUAUUCUUCAUGCCUGCCGUCCACUACCUGAGGAACACGCUGUACAGGCGCACGAUGGACACCAUCCUGGAAGAUUCUCCGUUGGACCUGUCAAUGUCUUUAUUGUCCAGAGCGUUCGGCACGUCUUCCGCAUCGUCCAUGUCAUCGCCGCCGAGUGCUUUGGACGUUGACGAGCGAAAAUCUUUAUCAGACGAAUCUUCGUCGGCCAAUUCACUUUCCGGAGAUACCGUUGACCACAAAAUGCACGCCAUCAACAGCACUCCAGUGAAGUCAAGACCGUUCCGCGGUGAACGUACCUUGCUUCCUUGCGAAGUUUGCCGCAAGGCGUUCGACAGACCGUCGUUGCUCAAGAGACACAUGAGGACGCACACCGGAGAAAAACCUCAUGUCUGCGCUGUGUGCAACAAAGGAUUUUCAACGUCUAGUUCGUUGAACACCCAUAGACGGAUACACAGUGGCGAAAAACCCCACCAGUGUGGCGUUUGUGGAAAACGGUUUACUGCCAGCUCCAACCUUUACUAUCACAGAAUGACACACAUCAAGGAAAAACCACACAAAUGCACGCUGUGCGCGAAAUCUUUCCCGACUCCCGGCGACCUUAAGUCUCACAUGUACGUGCACAACGGAUCGUGGCCGUUCAAGUGUCACAUCUGCAACCGGGGAUUCAGCAAGCACACAAAUUUGAAAAACCAUCUAUUCCUGCACACCGGGGACAAACCGCACGCAUGCGAACUAUGCCACAAGAAAUUCGCGCUGGCCUGCAAUCUCAGAGCGCACAUGAAGACCCACGAGAGUGACACCCAAGAGGAGUGCGGUCGGUGCGGCAAGGUGUACAUGUCUCCGGAGUCGGACAAGGGUCGAAACGCGUGCCCGGAAUGCAUGCCGCCAUCGGCCAAGAAAGCGUCGUCGAUAGGAGACGGUAGCGGCGGCGCUGACGACGGGUCUUACGGCAGCAACUCGCUGUUGGAUUCGGAGGAGACCCGCAGCUCAAUGGGUUCGGAACGAGGCAUGUGAACCACAAGGCUAAAUGCUAUAUGGACGGACCCGGUGGUGGCGGUGUUUGGCGUGGGUGGUUUGUCCGUUUAAUUAAAACAAAAAUGCAUGUUUUUUUUCUUUAAAUUGCUUUCCGUAUCCUGACCACCGAUUUUACUCUAUACUCGUCCCAAAGAUACGACUUAUUAUUAUUAUUGUGUAUGUGUAAAAGCACUUAGGGUUUAUCGAUUUUAGUGAUAUUAUAUACAUGUAUAUAUAAAAUGUUUGCUCAUACUAACAGCGAGAUCAAACGAAAUAGUAAAUUUUGUCGUACAAUCCGUGUAGAGAAUAAAAAAAAACUCCUUCCGAGUGUUAUCUCAUUGUAAAAAAAAAAAAAAAAAACCGACGAAUAGUGUUUAUACGUACCUAUGAUUAUCUCAAGUUUUUUUUAUAUUUAUUCUGCUAUCGAUCUGCGGAUAAACACACACGGUAAUAACGUUUUUAUACGAUCCACGUUAUCGUUUAAUCGUCGAAACUUGUAUUUUUUUAAUUAUUAAUUCUAGUCACUUAUUUUUAUUUUAUUGCAUUAUUAUCAUUUUGUACGAAAAUUUGAAAAUCCCUCUUACUUAUGUUGUGUACAUAUUUAUAAAUAAUAAUGUGUAUAUAUAUGGUUAAAGACGAAUAAUUAAGUGUGCGUUUUAGUAUAUAUAUAUAUUUCGACAUAAAUAUGUUUCAUAAAAAAAGUUCUGUGUUUUAUUUAAGAAAAUUA